GAGGGAAUGGAUAGCACGAUUGCCCCAGAAAGAGGGCGUUGAGGUGUGCGAAUGCUAAGACUCGUGUGUCGUCACCGGGACGUGGCCACUAUUAGAGUGUUUGGGGAGGCUCGGUGGGGCCGUGACGCGUGACUGGGCUGUUGCAUGUUGCAAAAUUAGCAACCGAGAGGAGUACACAGUGUUGCCAGAGGCGUGUGAAUAAUCGUCCCUCCUCUGCACCCCGUGUAUUUUUUAAUGUUUCGUCGAGUGGCGUUGUGAGAUGUGAUUCGGGCGGCGCGAGUGACUCCGGUCUCACUCGGGGCAGCGGCGCCGAGGCGGAGGGCACUGCGUCGGGCUGGGUGGCGGCAAAACCCAGCGAGGCCGCGGGGACAGUGUCGCGCUCGAGCGUCGCGGGCACACGGCAGUGCCCCACGGGCCUCUCUCGCAGUGCGCAGGGGGCGCGAGGCCGUCCGCGAAAGGAACUGGUCCCGCAAUUACCUUGUGUCGCCAGCGCUGGCCGCCCUCCUCCUCCUCCUCCUCCUCCCUCGCCGCGCUCCGCCCGCCGCUCUCCUCUCCCUCCCUCACCGGAUCUACACGUCUUGAAAUUAUAUUUACGGAAUGCGCGGCUCCGCGAGGGGGGUUCCGGAGGGAGGGCUCGCGGUCGCGGCGUGCGCUCCGUCAUCUGUCACUUGCCAACGAAGCUUACCCUAACAAGCCGUGUUUCUAGGCACUUGCCUCCCCUCGCUGAGCGAUCGCGCGGAGCCACGUGUAGUGUAGCGGCCGCACGUGCGCGGAUGCGGAUGUGCAAUUGUGUUGCACUGACAUGAUGUGCUGGUGACGCUGCUGACGCUUCCUGUCUUCUCCCGAAGUGACUGAGCUGCGCCUUCCUGUGAAAGCGCUGACGAGGAACAAUUGCCGGCCUUUGCUUACUGUAUGUGGGAAAGACAAGGUUCUCGGAAUGGUCGGCGUCAAGGGAGGCGGCGACUGAUGCAGUGCCGCCCUCAGUGCAGUGCCGUCGCGGAAGACAGCAGGCGGAGGCGGUGGUGCUGUGACUAGAAAAGGUCGGAGACACACGCCCUGCACCUGCUGCCACUUGCCAAAUCAAUAAGUCCUGGAAGGAAAUACACGUCAUUGUUCCCUGGCAUCGAAAGAAAAGGAAAUCAUUGUAGUAAUAAAAAUACGGUGAGUGCGAGAAGGACCCAGAAGAACCCCAUACGCCCGUGAAGGGGGGGGCAGACCCCUACGCCCCCUCCCCAGGCCCCCAGGGUCCCCUCAGGCGGAGAGCGGGUGUCCCGAAGGUCACAGGACCCCCUCCCCCCCCUCCCUGGACAUCUCACUCGAGCAGAAGGAGGAAGGGCGAACGAUGUGGAUGAGUGUGACCUUCCUGAGGGCGUGGGCGGUGUGGUCAUGGGUGAUGAUCCACGCCCUCGCGCCCUACGUCACCGCCCAAGACAUCCUGCGGGACGACCCCUUAGGCACCCUCAGGACCCUCCAGCGGCACGCGUGCGACGGCACUGCCCUCACGCUGCAGUGCCCCGUCAACACCACCAUCGACGUGCUCUACGCCAAGUACGGGAGGCCGCGACAGGACACCGAGCAGCUCGACCUGUGCCCGCCGCUGCCGCACCACGCGAGCCCCGCCCCCAAGCACCACUGCGAGUACUCGUCCACCGUCGACUAUAACACCCUGCAGCGCGUGGUGGGCGAGUGCCACCACAAGAACCAGUGCCGGAUCCAGGUGUCCCCCGAGACCUUCAGCGAACACGACCCUUGCCCCGAGAUCCGAAAGUACAUCGAGGUCGCCUACAAGUGCCGCCCAGAAAGAUUCAUAAACAAAAUCGUGUGCGAAGGAGGCGAACUCACUCUGAAAUGCGGCAAGAACUCCCGGCUGGCGAUCUACAGCGUGUUGUUCGGGCGAAGCAAAGAGGGCUCUUUCAUGUGCCCCCAGCCGGCGGGCGUCCCGGAGGAAGACUGCCAGGCGAGCUUCGCGACGGAGAUGGUGAUGUCGCAGUGCCACGGCAAGAGGCAGUGCGAGCUCCACGCCAACUCGAGCACGUACGGGAAGCCCUGUUCGUCUGAAUCGAAGAUGUACAUGAAGACUGUGUACACUUGUGUUCCACGGAAGAUCCUGAAGGUGCCGUACCAGGAGGGCCUGCAUCCCGACGAGCAGCCCGAGGAAAUCCCGGACGAGGACAGCAUGAUGUCGCCGCCGGCCAUGCCCCCCGCGCGGCGCCCCGACCCCCCGCCGCCGCAGUCCUCGACCUCCGACCCGCACGAAACGAAAGCGACGACCGUCUUCUACAAUCCCACCGUCACGACCAAGCUUCCUGAGAAGAAGGGAGACAACGGCGUGAGAGACUACCCCCAGGACGGCGUCCCCCGGAGCCAGCCGGACCUCAUCAACUGCACUGUGACCAUCCUCUCCGGCUCCAAGAACCGGGAGAUCGGCUUCCUCACGGAGUGGAUGAGGGCGGUCGCCUUUAUCAAAAAAAAUUUCGAGAAAUUCAUUUUGUACUUGAUGGUUGGACUGUGUGUGGGUCUGUUGCUGUUCCUGUUUGUGGUCGUGGGUCGUCUCCUUUUGGAAAGACAUCUGGCCAAGCGAGAAGCCAAAAAUGUCAACGACCCGCUCACCUCUGUUUUUGCAACAGAUAUCGACGACAUCGACGGCGACCUGGACCGGUCAGCGCCCCACGGCUCGUACCUGUGCUUCUCGCCGUCGGCCCAGGAGCCCCAGCACGACGUGGUCCGCUACACCACCAUAAGAUCGGGCAUCAGACAGCAGGACAGCGACACCAAUCCGCGGAGCUUAAGCAGAACAAAUAACAACCAGUUAUUUUAUAGUUAGUUGUCAAUAGACAGCUUUUUGUAGCUUUACAUUCUGUACAGUAUAGUAAAUCUUAAAGUUAUUUAUACAACACUGAUGUAUAGAUAAUUGUACAUAUUGCUAAAAUAUUGCUUUUCACAAGUUAUGUUGUCUUUUUUUCUUUGCUCAGUGUGUUUGUGUGUACUUAAUCCAAGCAAAUUGUUCUGACAAUAUAAUAAAACCAAAAAUGUGUAUUGUGCUAGUUCUGUGACUAUGUAAAUAUGAAGAGCCCAGAGGAACAAUUGGGUAACAGGGAGAUACGGGGCUUCAAAUAUACUGUGUAUAUGAAAGUGUGAGCUCACGAGACGGAAGUGUGUUCAGUGUCGGGCAAGCUCAUGCAUGAUAGACGCUCGUAAAUAACAUACUAGCCAAAUCAACGGUGUUAAAUUGUGUUGAUAAUCGACGUGACGUUUGGAAAAAAAAGUAGUUUUGUAAAUGAGAUGCAAAAAUUAUAAUGUUCAGAAACACCAUACUGUGCUUGUAUAUUUCCUAUCACGGCUAGGAGUUUUAAAUUUAAAAAAAAUAAUAAUUUGUAAGAUAUUAGUUUUUGAUAUAUGUAUAAUGCAUUAAACAUUAUGUGACUGCAUUUUUUUGUCAUAAAAUACGAAUUUGUUCCGGGUGGUCAUUUCUGUAUGUUGUAAAGAGCAUUCUAUUCAGUUGACUUGCUUGAUGCAGAGGAAACUGUCUGGUUGGUACCAGAAGGCUGACGAAGGAUAAAGCCAGUGAUCGCAAGUCCUCCUGAAAUAUUUUAUUUGUUUCAUACUGCAGGGAUACUUUGCCAACAAAUGCCUGGGCCACGGGAGGACAAGGUAGAGAGGUUCGUCUUAAAUUCGGUUUUGCUUGAGUAAUUUGUAUGUGUCUGGAGAAAAAAAAGAAUUGUAUUGUUAAUUUGUAGAUGCCACAUUUCACACACACAUGUACACAUCAGUGAUUCCCGAAUGCACAAUUACAAAUAAUGUUCAGUGAAAAAAAAAAUGUUUAAUUGCAUUCGGGAACAUUCACAGUACAAGUGUACAAACAUCCAUCCACAGUUUAACACUAUAUGAUGAAUGUUUCCGCUUUAUGUGCUGUACUGUACAUUCGCAAACAUAUACUAUUUGUGACUCAAUAUAGUUUUGUUUUAAAUUGAAUACCAUGCAUUAGAACCACACAGCAUUGUACAGGAACACUAAAGGCAGUUAAAUUUAAAGUACUGAAAUGGAAGAACAAAUGAACGAGAGAGAGAGAGAGAGAGAGAGAGAGAGAGAGAGAGAGAGAGAGAGAGAGAGAGAGAGAGAGAGAGAGAGAGAGAGAGAGAGAGAGAGAGAGAGAGAGAGAAAGAGAGAGAGAGAGAGAGAGAGAGAGAGAAAGAGAAAGAGAAAGAGAGAGAGAGAGAGAGAGAGAGAGAGAGAGAGAGUAGGAGAGGAAGAGACGGUAACCGAUCAGCCUCUGGCCGUGGAGUCGAACACAGUGAGAAAGCUUGUUUUUUGUUCCCGAGGCGCUUUGCCUUGCUCUGGCUGUCUUACUCAGGACUGGUGUGUAUUAUGUGCAACAACUACUUGCAGCUCAGCAGGCAAAUGUUUAGGUUUAAAGACGUGCUACUAUAUAUAUCUGUCUUGAAGUUUGCCUCUCAGAGUCUAUAUUUUUGUGUUUGUUCAUAUGUGAAGGCAUCUGAGACCCAUUUGCCAUUUAUGAUUUGAACUAUAGUUUGUACAGUGCUUUUUUAGUCCAAAUAUGUAAUGUAAGCAUUCUUAAAUUUUGGUGAUUUGUUUGUGAAAUUUUGCCUUUUUGAUAAUAGUGACUCAAACACACAGCAUUUUAAAUUAUAAAUUGUAAGGCUAACAUACAUAGUGAAGAAAAAGUUUAAGAUUUAUUUUUCAUAUAUUUGAUCAGAAAUAUGAAAUGUGUUAAAUAGAUAAUACUUUUCAAAUAAGUAUUAAUUUAAGGGCUUUUUAUAUACAAAGUGAAGUGUUGGCUUUCAAACAGUUUCACAGAUAUUGUUUGAGGCAAAUAUAAAAAAAUUGAGAUCUGACUGUAUAGUAUUAAUAUUGAUUAAGUAUUUGAAUGUCCAGUUACUAUCAUUUCUGUGAAAAGGUGAAUUAGAAUCGAAAUGUACAAUAUUUUUGCCAAAGCCAAAUGUAUAGAGAAUAUUUGUUCUUUGUCAAUAAUCAAAUAUUGAUUUAAAAAGAACUCUAAGACAUUUCUAGAAUUAACAAGAAAACUUCAGGUUGUAUGUAAUCUCUGUGUGUUUCUUUUUAGAAGUUUUUUUCUCUUCCAUUUAAUUGCACCAAAUCAUUAUGGUUAUCUCCAAAAGUUUGUAUAGAAUAUUUUGGACACAGUUUGAAAGAAAAAUAUUAAACAACCUAUUUGUCAGUCGGUUCAUGAUUUUCUGGUCUUUCUAUUUAUCUGUCUAUUUCUCCUUGUUGCUGUUAUCUUCUCAUUCCUUCACUUUUAAAUCUUUUAUAUUUGCUUAUUAUUUGUCUUGUUACAUGCCUUAAAACCACGAGUCUGCUUAAAAAAAAAAACAAAAAAAAAACGAUCUUACUCCUUUUGUAUUUUUUGUUACAAGUGUAUAAAGAAGGCGCAGAAAAUCCUCCCAUUCUUAUAGAUGUUCCUCUCUAUGUUAAACACGUAGCCAACCUGAAGAAAUGUAAGUAUGUCAAAACAAUCUAGUCUAGGACAUUUACCCCCUCCCCCUUUGUUCAUGUGUACAAAUGUAAAUAUAUUUUAUAUUACAUUUAAUUUCAGGCUUCUACCACUGACAUGUAUGUAGCAAAGGGAGCAUGCAUUUGUUACAACUCUCAGUACUCAAUACUCAUAUCGUUCACAUAUCCUGACCGCGGAGACGAACAAGUGUGGGACAGUCUGACGUACUGUGAGCGGAGAAUGUGAUCGGCUGAUACGCUAGACACGGUUAAUGAUUGCUUUUAAUUUUCAUUUUGACUGGUGAUUCAGUUAAGGAAGAGAUUUGAUGUUAAAUAAAGGAUUGGGUUAU